GUCAAACCUGAAUGAAAUAACACCGGGAAAAAGCCCAGACCAGACCAGUGUUUGACAAAGGCACAUAUUUGAUUUGAGGGAAACCGUGUCUGGAUUGAUAUUUACACUGGAGAAAGGAAGCGAGGGGCACUACUUCACCCCCAUCACCACCACCCUACACUCACUGAAGGACGCGCCCCCAAAUACACUUUGCAGGAGAGAGAGAGAGAGAGAGAGAGAGAGAGAGAGAGAGAGAGAGAGAGAGAGAGAGAGAGAGAGAGAGAGAGAGAGAGAGAGGUGCAGGUAUUAACUGGAGGUGGGGAGGGAGGCGCAGUCGCUGCUGGCCGUUGGGACACCAUAAGGACAGGAGGGAAUGUGUUAUUGUGCCGAUGGCUUUCUUCCCUCUUCUUCCUGUAAGAAGUCGCCUCUUAUUCUGAACGGACACGCAGGUGUAACCUCUUUAUCUUCCCUCUACCCUCCUGCUACUACUACUACUACUACCUUCCUCGUUUUUCCAUGCGCCGCGCCUCCUUUUCAAGUCAGCAGAAGGUAAUUUUACGCGCCGGAGUGGGGAAGAAUAGACAUCACGGUAAAUGACAUGUGGUGCGUCUCUGUUGUGCGCCGCCUGUUACCGCCGUUGUGAAAGGUGAUGCCGGGUCUGCAGCCAGUACAGAUGACUUGAACCGGGCGGCACAGGCGCUUUUGCAACGACAGCACUUGCUCCAUAAAGAGAAGACUUAUUGAUAACCAUGGCUGACCAGUACAGUAUGUUUCUCACCACGGCGCCCCCCCUUCGGCGAGGAAGCACACCCCUGCCCGUUAAACACCAGCUGCGGAGGGAAGAGGCCGUAUCUGAGGACUGUGAUUGGAUCCCGGGCUUAGAGGAGCCUGCCACGUUGCCUAUCAGUGACACAGCGGUGCCUCGGGAUGAGUCUUUCAGCCAAUCAUCGGCCGCCCAGUCGACCUACCACAGCCAUGGCGGGGCAUUGAGAAUAGUACUUCUGGGACAGAAUGGCGUGGGCAAGUCAUCGCUGGCCUUAUCUCUGGCCGGGCAGUCUGACAGAUCCCUCUCUAUAGACUCUGAGACACAAGCAUGUGGUGAGGGCUACGAGUGCACGGUGACAGUCGACGACGAGGACAGCAAAGUCAUAAUUUUCGACAACUGGAAACAAGACCUAUCUACUUUACAGUGUGAUGUGUGUAUCCUGGUCUUCUCGGUGACUGACAGGCGAAGUUUCCACCGCACUGCCCAGCUCCGCCUCCUCCUCAGGGAGUCCCAACCACAGACACCAAUCAUCCUGGUGGGCAACAAGAGUGAUCUGGUCCGCUCCCGUGAAAUCAGCUCAGAGGAGGCCCAAUCCAGCGCCAUGAUGUUCGACUGCCUUUACCUGGAGCUCUCUGCCUCCUUGGACCACGGCACCAACGAGCUGCUGGAGGCGGCAGUUCGGACAGCGAGGGGCGACUGCGUGGGCCCCGGCUGGACUGACGGGGACCCCGGGGCGGGCCGCAGGGAGAGCCUGACCAGUCGGGCCAAACGCUUCUUGGCGGGGCUGGUGCCGCGUUCGUACGGCCGAGACAGGGACAGAGACCGGGGACGCUACCGGGAGAUGAGCCGCCACCGGGGCAGCAAGAUCCUCCGCCAGAAGUCCCGCUCCUGCCAUGACCUCAGUGCACUGUGACACAAACAUGCAUAUAUACAAGCAAAGAGACACACUACCACACAUGUACACAUACACACAGAUUGAAAGAUAUGGGUAAAGGGUAAAAGAUGGAGGAGAGGAGGGUAAAAUGGAAGAUAGCGGGGAAGAGCAGAUGACUAAAUGGAUAGAAAUUUAGCAGUGAAAGAUAAUGGUUGAGGGAGGAGAAAGUGAGAGAGAUGGAUAGAUAGAGCAGAGAUCAGCCUGCAUUGCAUCUCCAGGCUGAACCUUUAUCUUCUCCCUAAAAAAAAUUGAGGGAAAAAAGAGGCCAGGUCUGAGAUAAACAAAUAGAGAAAAAGAUAAGGAGGUGAGCUUGAUUUGCCGCUGCUUUCUGUGUGAAUCAGCGAGCACUCAUUACCUGAUGAGAGCAGGAUGAAGAAAAUUAGCGACAGUGGAGAGUCACAUCACGGUGCUGAUUGGAUGCUUACUGUGGCAAUAUGGGGGUAGGGGGGUUGGUGGUGGAGGGGGGGGGGGGGGUCACAAAUAAACACACACACCCAAGUAGCACGCACUAAUUAUGUAGAGACUGAUAGCAAUCUAAUGUAAACCUAUUGUAGACCCUGUUUUAUAGCAUGCUGAGUAGAAGAUCUAAGACAUGACCCUGUAGGUUUUACAUUUACACGAUACUGGAUUUACUGUACCUCAGUGGCCAAUAGCUAAUGCACAAUCUAGCUAGUGUCUCUAGCAAUGCCAUCAAAGGCAAGACCCUUUAUUUAUAAGAAUGCUCCCUCUCUCUGCACCUUUUUCUAGCCACAGUCUUUCACACUGCAUCCGCCUUUUGUGUCCCUUACUGAUUUAAACAAGUGUUUGAUACCACCAGUGGCAUAUGAUCAUCAGUGACUUUUAUACAAAGCUACAAACAUCAGCGCUCAAGCCAUAUUUUUCGCUGAAUGCAUCAUGAGUGAUCAGCACAAAGAACCCUUUACCGUAGGAUGUGGAGCGAAAGGAAAAAAAGGUCAAAACGGCCAAAAAGAAUAAGACGUUAACAGGGAUGACCAGACUGAAUUUUUCUUCAGCUGAAGCUGAGUCACAGAAUGCUGGGAUGUUCUCGAAGCACAGGAGGACAAACAUAAGAAAACCGAAAAUCUACCUGUGGCUGUUUGAUGUAUCUCAUUUCAUUUAUCUCUUUUUACCCACUGGCAUCAUCAUGUGUGUUGAGACUGAAUUCUGUGGGGGCUGGCCACACAGGUGACCAAAAAGAGAACGUUCCGGAAACGUUGUUUGGAUAUCUCGUCAAGCGUGGCGGCGUCACUUGACACAUGCUCACUCAUUUGUCACUGUCUACUAAGCACUCUCAUCUUUCCACUGAGAAUAAAUUCAUUUUUGUUUGACAUGCUGAA